CUCUGCUCUACUUCUGCUGCAGGAAACUAUCUACAGCAGAAGUGAAAGUUGCUAAAGAGUAACGUUACUGGAGGCUUUGUUAAACGUUUGUUUAUGGUUCAGUUGAAAUGGCGUUUACUUUAAUAUUUGUUGUUUUGAUAAUUUACUAUGAACUGCUCACGGGAUCCAUCAGCGUCGAACUAAGUAGGAAAUAUCUGGACGAAGAACGACUGAUGACUUUUCAGCGAGAAAAUGAAAACAAGGAACUCUAUCAGAGACUGAUUAAUUUCCAGAGUUCCCUCAAGAGACAAGCCUUUCUGAACUCACAGUUGAAGAAAUCAAACCAUUCUGCCCGUUAUGGCAUCAACCAGUUCUCUGACUUCUCUCCGAAACAAUUCAAAGAGCGAUAUCUCACAGCUUGGGCUGAGACGGCUCCAAAGUUUGACCCAUCUAGGGCUGGAUUUCAAAUUAAGACGAAUUAUCCACCCAGGUUUGAUUGGAGGGACCAUGGAGUUGUCGGACCAGUACGAAACCAGGAGUCGUGUGGAGGUUGCUGGGCCUUCAGUGUGGUGGAGGCCAUUGAAUCCGUGUCAGCUAAAGAUGGUGGAAAACUACAGCAGCUCAGUGUGCAGCAGGUUAUAGACUGCUCUUAUGAAAACUAUGGCUGUAAUGGUGGAUCCCCUGUUGAAGCUCUGUACUGGCUCAUACAGACCAAAUUGAAGUUAGUGAAUCAGGCGGUGUAUCCCUUCAAAGCCGUAGCUGGAAGCUGCCAGUACUUUCCUCGUUCUCAUGAUGGAGUGAUGGUGAGGAAUUACUCCGCUUAUGACUUCAGUGUACAUGAGGAGGUGAUGAUGAGUGUCCUGGUGGAGUCCGGGCCUCUUGUGGUCAUUGUGGAUGCCAUCAGCUGGCAGGAUUACAUGGGCGGCAUCAUUCAGCACCACUGCUCCAGCCACAAUGCCAACCAUGCCGUACUGAUCACCGGUUAUGAUACCACAGGGGAAGUGCCAUACUGGAUAGUACGCAAUUCAUGGGGGACCUCAUGGGGCGAUAAUGGAUAUGUUUACAUCAAAAUAGGGAACAACAUGUGUGGAAUUGCUGACAAUGUUGCUGCUGUUUUUGUGUAAUUGUCAAUAAUCUUUUGUACUUCCGUGAUAAGACCGUGGCAGAUCACCAUUUUAAAAUAUCAGCCUCAGGACGGAAAUCCUCCUGUGUAGCUGAUGAGGAGACUGUAAAAAUUCUCAAGUAACAAAUCCUGUUGCCUCGCGAAUGCAGAGCAAGUACGCUGCUAUUUGAGCUAAUACAUCAUAUUCCUAAUCCCAGUCACUGUAGCCCAAAAUAAUGAGUCCGAGCUGGAUUUUGUUUUAGUUACGAAACGCACACUAGCUAGAUCUGUCUUUAAGAAUGUUUUAAUCUUCAGAAAACACUGUUAGUAAGUAUAAGUACACAACUGAACUGAACGCUUACUGUAUUGUGACAUUGCACUGAGGUUGGACACACAAGUGAACUCAUCUGAGAAAAAUGUGAACAUUUGUAUUAUAUUUUGUGAAUACUAAUUACAGCCUUUAAUCUGUAAGUGAUUAUCACUACAGUACAUUAUGUACUAGAUAUUUAGAAUUGAUCUGCUUUUAUACACAUUUGUAACUACAAACUUGGUUACACUUUAAUAAGGUGUCCUUGUUACAGUAAAUAAGUACUGAGUAAUAUUAAUUUAACACCUAUAUUUAGGGUUAGGUUUAG